AUGGACUCGCAGGAUGAUGAGAAGAGUCUAAGAGUCCAGGACUCCGAGGACUCGAGAAUGGCGCCGGAACAACGAAUUGAAUCUGCUACCCGCUCUCGCAAGGACGUCCACACGUACCUCGGAUACGGCAAAGGCAUCGUCGGCGUCGAAGCCGACUCGAGCCACAUCCGCUCUGUUCACCCGAACCACGUUCCUCCCCAAGCCAGCCAUACUGCAACGUCUGAACCGCAGUCCCUGCGCCCUCAGGAAACUGUUUCAAGUGUGGCAAGCCCGGCCAUUUCCAGGACAAAUGCCCCCUUAAUGCUACUAUCAAGGAAAUGGACCAUAACGACCCCGAGGCAGAAGAACAAUGGGAAGAAGCUGUGGAACUUCAAUCGGAUGCAUCCCUCGAGGAAAACAAUGAGGCCUAGGAGAAGGCUCCUUCCUAGGUCUACGCAAAUGUGA